CGUUGCUAACACAGCCCACUUUCGGCGAUAUUUGAGAGCCGGACCAAAAGCGGAAAAGGCGUGGCCACGUGAUGUUUUGCUAACUGUUAGCCACAGCAAGCUAACUUUGUGUUGUAGUUGGCAUCUUAUUUUGAUCCUGCUCAACUUGCCAGAUUGCUCUCGGCUCUUCGUGGGAUUUGACCUAAAUGCAAGUUUUAGUAACCAUUAAACCAACGGAGCCAUGAACGGGAGCACGAAUCCGCUGCUGGACAAAGAGGAGCAUGUUUUGAAGCUCGGAGAAAGCUUUGAGAAGAGGCCAAAGUCUUCCUUUCACACCAUCAGAUAUGACUUCAAACCAGCAUCGAUUGACACAAGCUGUGAGGGAGAGCUUCAAGUUGGGAAAGGAGAUGAAGUUACCAUAACACUACCUCAUAUUCCAGGCUCUACCCCUCCCAUGACAGUAUUCAAAGGAAACAAGCGGCCAUACCAGAAGGACUGUGUGCUCAUCAUUAACCACGACACUGGGGAGUUUGUACUGGAGAAACUGAGCAGCAGCAUCCAGGUCAAGAAAACUAGGGCAGAAGGCAGCAGUAAGAUCCAGGCCCGGAUUGAGCAGCAGUCGCUUCGGUCCAGCCAGCCCACCUCUCAGUUUAGGGCCCCCACUAAACCCGGGGCUGGGAUCAAAACCUCUCCUUCCCCAUCUAAGGACAACCCCUCCCCAGAGCCUCAGCUCGAUGACAUCAAGAGAGAGCUGCGAGCAGAGGUGGAGGUGAUAGAGCAGAUGAGCAGCAGCGGCAGCAGCAGCUCCUCCGACUCGGGCAGCGCCUCAGGGAGCGGCGAUGACAGCAGCAGCAGCGACGGAGAGCUCGAGACCCCCCGACCCCUCAGCCAGACGUCACCCAGCCGCCACCCCAUGGCCAACGGAGGACCUGACCGGCAGCAGGGGAACAACCAGCUCAUGAACACACUCCGAAAUGACCUUCAGCUCAGCGAGUCAGGCAGUGACAGCGAUGACGACUGAGCUCUGCUGGUCAGUCUCCCUGUCCACACUCCUCCUCCUUUCUGCCUGGUUGACUUGUUUCUUUGCUGUGAUAGCUGACCCCAGCUGUGUAGGUUGGUUUGACUACAUAUAUUUUUUUUAAUUUGCUUUAGUAUAUCCUGAAAGCUGGCCAGCCUGGAACUUAAGAGUGUAUUUUUUAUUAGAUGUAUAUCUUUUUUUGUAUAGCAAAACUGGAGACAAAGAGAAAAAUUCUUCAGAGGUUUGGAAGAUUAUAUAUUAGAGUGCACAUACAUAUUUUCUGUACUUAGAGCAGCUAGUUUUAUUUACUUGUAUCAUUAAUAUAUUUUUUUUUCAGUUUUGUGUAUGGUUUGGCAAGCAAGAUUUUCUGUAGCUGUGCGAUCAUCGCUGUAACAUUUGUUUUUUGUUUUCAUUUUGCUAAGAAUACAAAAAUAGCAGAAUUGCACAGAUUAUCUGCAAAUAGCAACAAAGCAAAGAAAACAAAUGCCGCAGGUAUUUUGUCAUCCACUAAGUUUUUGAGGUCAUUGUGGAACAUGAUGCAGAAUCGGUAUCAGUUGCUGAUGCUAACUUUAGUUUGCUGUUUGCUGGUCAUUUUUUUUUAAGUAGCAACACUACACUCACUAGAUGUCACCUUUUAGCAGGUUGAGAUUGUGGUUUGCUUAUCUACGCUCAUGGAAAAUUAACAGGGCAACAUGCUGCAUGUUGUUUUAAAGCUCCAAUUAGUUUGUUUUAUGUCCACAAGGGGGCAGAAAAGAGUCAACAACGAGCAGAAACUCAGAUUGCUGGUAUGAAUAACAUGUAAGUAAGCUAUAGAAUGUAAGUCUAGUGUUGUAGCUCUCUUUUGAAUUCAACUGCCACCCCCCCAAAAAUGUCUAACUAAUUAGCUGCUCAACUUUCCUCACCAGCUGCGUUUUACUUCCACUGUCUACUCUGUGGUGCCAGACACACAAGCUUUUAUUUUUCUAAGCUUAUUUAUAUGAAACAGUAGUUACAAACGCACGUGUUUGCUUUUUUUUCUGAUGGUCAGAGGAAAAUGCAGACUUUAAUCCUCCAGUCGGUCUGUGAGGCCAUAACUGACAAGUUAAUCAUAUUUGAAAGGAGACAGGUGCAUCGGGGUUGGCUUCUGCAAAAUUUCUGUCAAGAUUAAAAUACUGAAAUAAAAUCAAAGAACCAAAUUAAAGGGGGAAACUAAUUUGCCCCAGAAGCAUGCAAUGUGUUAAUCAUCACUUUCAAGUUUGUUGUAUCAGCUAUGUAUCAUUUGCAAACAGAGAACAUUAUUUUUUUGCUCCAGUAUUUUCAUAUAAAACCUAUACCAUUGUACCAUUCCACGCCUUAAAGCAUGCUAGCUUGGAAAAAAUAAGUGAAUGUGUCAUUUUCUGAAAAUGCCAAAGAGUUGAAAUGCCCCUCGUCAUGUGCAAGAUGUACAGGAAUGUUCACAGUGUAACGCCUUUUCCAUGCAUUUACUGCAGCUCUGAAAUGUUUCCAGGCAUCGCCUGCAGUGGUUGUAUGUGACAAUGAAAAUCUCUGUCGGUCAAACCACAAGUUAAACAGACUUUAACUGGUCAGAUCCCUGUUGCACUGUGGUUGUGUGUGCAUAGAGCUGGUAAUAUUAAUUUUCUAUCAUGCUUCCUGCACCCUCUGAACAGGUGCCACCCAUUGUAUAAACUAAACAUAGUGUUUCCAGUAGUUAGAACACAAACAGAUCUCUUACUGUGUCCUAAAUGUGUGAAAAUCACUUAACGACACCAGUGUGUAAUUGUACUUUAAAUUUUUUUCUGUAGUUUAUGUGUAAUUGUGAUUUGUAUCAGUGAUUUUCUUCCAAUUUCUGCUAGAGACUGUGAAGAUCCUGUUUGUGAUUAUGAAUGCAGUAUAACAAGCCACAGUGUAGAGAAAACCGAGGAGUUUUAUUACAGAAUGAUUAGACUUAAAGGUCACAGUAUUUGUUGUUAAAGAAAUUUUGACGAAUGCAAAAUUUUAGGAUGAAACGCCAGAUGAUUGUCAUUUUUGAAACUGGUAACAAGUUUUGGGUCAUAUUUAAAGGAAAUUUCCAUCAAAAUAAUUAAAUAGUUACUCUAAGAUUAACAUUAGAUGUACUUUAUUAUAAUUAGUGUUAAAUUUGAGAUUGUAAGGGUCUAUUUUAAUCAAUACAGCUGUCUGCAGAGACCCGCUUUAUGUGACCCAAAGCGUCUUUUUAGGUCUAUUUUCUAUUUUUUAAGCCUAUUUUCUUCUGUUUAAUGCUUGAAACCACAGUAAUGUGUGUGGCCCAUAUACCAUACUGUGGUUCAGGACCGAGGCUUUGACAUGCUACUUUUUCAAAACCUUUUUGUGUGACUGCAUUCAUUUGCAGAAGAAGAAACAAGUGUAUUCAAAUAAUCCAGCUGCCCCUUACGUACACAUCACUCUGUACAGACGGCUUAAAACUGAACUUACAUUUACUUAAAAACCACAUUUAAUAUAAGGAACAAUUACAGGGAUUUUCUGAAUCCCAUGUACACGCAUACAGAUGCUGUUAAGCCUCUUCUCAGGACUGUGUGGGAGUGGAUGGACCAUGCUCCAUCCACUCCAGCCACCACACUCACAUUUUGCACCUUUUAAUGUUGAACAAACUUUGAAACAGCUGACCUCAUGUAAUUCCCAGCAUAGCACUAUCCCAUAUACAACCUCAGCAGUACAAGGCUUGCAAACUGAAAACAUCAACAAGGAGUAGAAAACGCGUGUAACUGGCAUCCCAGUACGUGCAUCAUUUAUUCAAAAAGAUGUGUCAGCUAACAAAAGAGAGUAAAUUUGCUCUAGUUUUCUGCUAUCCUGUACUCCUGAAAUGAGAGAUUUUACGAGUGGAUGUGCAGCAUCAACAUUUUGAUGUUUGACAUUGACUCAUAGCUACGUUCAUUUUAUGGGCAGUGUUCUAAACUGAAGCUAGUCUUUUCUUUUUAACUCACAUAACAAAGCAGACAUGAUUGUGAGUUAUAAGACUGUCAUACUGUGCAGUACUAGAAAGAGUUACAGUAGCAGGUGAAAUGUAAGUAUUUCUUCUUGAACAGGGGGGAAAAUUCACUGUCUUCCAUGUGUCAGUGUUUUGUUUCUCCACCUGGGCCAGACUGCAGUCAUUUUUUUUUUCUGCUUUUGAACAUUGCUUGAAGUGAAAGAGGGUGGCGAAUUGUCAAAGCGAGUGAAACCACUGAAACAGGUGGACACACGUCUAAUCCCCUAAAACCUGUACAACCCUGGAGACUCAGUUUGCUGUUGAAUGAACUCUAAUGUAUUUGGUGCUUUUAGUCCUUAUGUUUUAUUUUAGAGAUGUGUUCAUGUGAAAUAUGUUUGUAUAAAUUUGAAGUGUAUUAAAGCUGUGCAAAUGUAUUUAAAAUAGUUUU